CCCGGACACAUUUCCGUGCUGCACACAACGCUCUUCUUGGCUGUCCUGUGUUUUUGUCCACCGAUGUGUUUUUAAGUUAAACGGUAGUCUAAUUAUUUCUCUUUGUUCAUUUAAUCUGUUAGGACGUCACCGUGUUUUAGCCGAACAAUCUUAUGAAACAAGCCGCUGAUUGGCUCACUCAUUCCUCUGAUUUUGUGUGUUUAUUUCUGCUUUGGCAUGCUGUCAUAACCAGAUUUAUUGUGGGCACAGCAGGUUUGAUGCCCUUUGCUCCAUCAUGGAGCCCUCAGAUUUGACGACACGCAGGAACGGGCGACAGAGGAGAGUACCAGGCGCCUCCAUCCUGUCUGAGCACAUCGGCUCUAUGGACAGAGGGGAGACGAGUUCUCCUGAGCCGGAGAUGGAAGAGGAGGCAGACAGCCUCAUCAGGAGCUCAGACACAGAGAACAGGAGGCGUCACCGGGUUCGGCCGGGUAUCCGUGGCGAACUGGGGAAUAUAUUACUUCUCCUGUUCCUCUAUGUGCUGCAGGGGAUUCCCUUGGGACUGGCUGGCAGCAUCCCCCUAAUCUUACAGAGCAAGAGUGUCAGCUACAAAGACCAAGCCUUCUUCAGCUUCGUCUUUUGGCCGUUCAGUUUGAAGCUUUUCUGGGCACCGUUGGUGGAUGCCCUGUACUUCGGCAGGUUUGGGAGAAGAAAGUCGUGGCUGGUGCCCACUCAGUACCUGCUGGGGCUGUUCAUGCUCUAUCUUUCAACAACAGUCACCUCACUGCUGCAGAGCGAGGAGGGACCCAAGGUGGUCACACUCACUGCAGUCUUCUUUAUGCUUGCCUUCCUGGCAGCCACACAGGAUAUAGCUGUGGAUGGCUGGGCCCUCACCAUGUUAUCUAGAGAAAAUGUGGGCUAUGCGUCUACCUGCAACUCCGUAGGCCAGACGGCGGGGUACUUCCUGGGGAAUGUGCUCUUUCUGGCUCUGGAGUCUGCUGAAUUUUGCAACAAGUACCUCAGAAUAGUGCCCAAAGACACCGGCAUCGUCACUCUGCCAGAUUUUUUAUUUUUCUGGGGGGUGAUAUUUCUAGUUUCCACUACCCUGGUGGCCAUCCUUAAAAGGGAGAACGAUCACAGCAGAGGCAGGAGCAACGUCCCGGUCGAGACUCAGGGUGUCACGGAAACCUACAAGCUCCUGUUCUCCAUCGUCAAGAUGCCAACAGUCUUCACUUUUUGUUCCCUGCUCCUCACAGCUAAAAUCGGUUUCUCUGCAGCAGAUGCUGUUACAGGUCUGAAGCUGGUGGAGGCUGGAGUCCCCAAAGAGCAGCUGGCGCUCCUGGCGGUUCCCAUGGUGCCUCUGCAGAUCCUUCUUCCAGUGAUCAUCAGCAGAUACACGGCGGGGCCGCGACCCCUUGAUGUCUUUUAUAAAGCCUUUCCGUUCCGGUUGCUUAUCGGGCUUGAGUACGCUCUGCUGGUAUGGUGGACCCCCAAUUUGAAACAAGAAGGAGGAUUCCCACUUUACUACUACGCCAUAGUCCUGCUCAGCUAUGCAUUGCAUCAGGUGGCGCUGUAUAGCAUGUAUGUGGCCUGCAUGGCCUUCCAUGCCAAAGUGAGUGACCCCCUCAUAGGAGGGACCUACAUGACGCUGCUGAACACGGUCACUAACCUGGGAGGAAACUGGCCCUCCACCGUGGCUCUGUGGAUGGUCGACCCCCUGACCUCUAAGGAGUGCCACGGGGCCGUGGGACAGAGCUGCAGCUCGUCACUGGAGGCAGGGUUGUGCGUCAAGGAAGGAGGCGUUUGUGUGACGACCAUGGACGGCUACUACGUGGAGUCUGUGGUGUGUGUCGUCAUCGGUUUACUGUGGUGGGUGUGGCUGGGGAAAAGAAUGAGGCGGCUGCAGGAGCAGAGCUCCUCUGCGUGGAGAUGCAGGGUGAACCAGUGAUAUGAAUCCUACAGACAUUUUAGUAGUGAGCUGCACCUUCAUUUUCUGCUCCAAAACCAGCCGGACUCACAGUCAUUCCCACACAGCAACGUUUUGCUCUGGUCUGGCUUUUUUGCUGCCAGAUUGAGGAAACACUUACCAUUAAACAUGCCACAUAUAUGUACACACAUAUGAAGUAAGCUGCCAUUGCUGUCUUCUUUUUUUUUUUUUUUAAACUAUUGCUGCCGUCUUAUAAAGUGUCCUAGUAGAUUUUUACCAUGUUGUGCUGCUUAAGCAAAACCAAACAAAGGCUGGGUCAAAGAAGAUCUUUUUUCAUCUGAAAAAAGAUUUUUUUAAGAUGCUUUCUGGGUUUUAGCACUUCAUCUUCAAACCUAUAUAUCUUUCUUAUAUGAAAGGAAUAUUCACAGAACAAAUUCACUAAUCUUAACUCAAAGCACAUGUGAAGAUUUCUCCUCAUAUCCCUGGCCUGAACCACGAAGCAGGAAAAGAGUCUCAGUGCAGUUCAGAGGGAAACAGUUAGAGAAAUAGGACAGAGUUACAUAUAAAUGUUUUAAAAAGAAAACAGAAAAAAAAUAAAUAUCUACAGUAUGCAGAAAUAUCUUUUCUUCAUUGUCCCUAUUUCAGUUUUACUAAUUAGCACAUUUUGGGAGACAUCUUACUAUAAUAUUUAUAGCAGUUGAUGUUUAUUUUAAUUUAAGUCCAUACAAAGGAAUCAAAUAGUUUUCGUCUCCUCCAGUGUGAAAGGGUGCUGCAUUAAAUAUUUGUUUGUACUUUCAUAUCGGUCAUAUUAGUUGGACCAAUCAGGCCGCUGACAAUUUCUGGUUUUCUUUGACCUCUGACCUGCCGGUUUCUGUUCUUCCUCUGACUGCAGUACAUAAGAGAAAAACAGGGGCGGCAAGUUCUUUGAAAGGUGUUGUAGUUUUGAAUUCAAAGGAAAAUGAAGGAAUUGCACGAUUAUCUCCAAUUAUGCCCAAAAUUUUGUUUUAUAAUCUCGAAAAAGUUGCAUUAAAGUAUCUGCUGCUUGUUCAUAUGUUUAUGUCCUGAAAAUGGUAAAGGAAUGUUUUGAUUAUUUAUUUCAAAACAUUCCAGAUAAAACGCACACAUUUAAAUAAAUUGUAAACAAUCAGCUCUACAGCUGCUUUUACCGCUUAGCUGUAUAUUAGCUGGAUCAAUAACUUACACAGAAAUAAUCAGCAUAUUUUGACUGUGUUGCUUUCAGCUGAUUGAAAAUAUUACUUUGAUUUCAUGUUACUGUAAAGAUAGAAUCAUAACGGUGGAUGGUGUUGUGAUCCCAACUCAGGACGUUAAAACAGAUUAGUGGUCGUGUUGCCAGGUGUGAGACUGAAGUACUAUAGAGCGGGAGACGCCCACCCAUUCAUAGUAUGUUGCCCAACUCCCAAGUUCAACCAGUGGGUAAACCCACCUGAUUUUAAAAUACUCAGAUUUCUGACCUUUUUCGUCAUUUCUAUUGUGAUUGUUUUUGUUUGUUUAAACUGUGCCUUGUUUAGUGUCUUCAGGUCAGUUCAUUGUCCAAACUUUUAUCUGAAUUUGAAAAAUUAAGUUAAGUUAUGCUGCCAUCCUGUGGUAGAGAAGGGCAACACUACACUGUUGCCCUUAAAUAAUUGUGAAGGGUAAUCAAGUUCAUUAAGUUUCUCAACACACUAGAGCUUUAAUCCGCCGGUUGUUUCUGUGCGCUCCUUAAUGAAGAUUCGAUUUCUAUGGUUAAAUGAAUGAAGAUGCCUAAACGUCAUUUUGCCUUUUUAAUAUAAUAUAAAACUUCCAUGAGCAAUUACAAACUGUGGUCAGUAUAUUGGUUUAGGAAAUCUUUUCUUUGCUCUCCAUUCAUGCAGCUUUUUCCAGUUUGUUGGUUGCAUUGUAACUGCAUAUACUGUACAAGUUCAUAUUAUUACAGGAAACAUUUAAUAUCUAUUCAGUCUGUUUAGAUAAGUGGAUAAUGUCAUGGAUACCUUCACGUCAUGUAAACACCAGCCAUGAGGGAAGAUUAGUAUGAGUGAAAUGUCUGAAUGGUGGUUACCAAAAUUCCCUGGUGGAAACAUUGAUAAGGGGAAUUUUUAGUUUGUGAAAUACAUUAAAUAUAUUGAUUUGAGGAUCUGGUACUUCCCGUUGUUUAUAAUAAAUGCACUGAAAGCAUCAUUUACAUCAAACAAAUAGCCUUUGGUCUUUUUAAAUGUGUAACUGUCCUUUUAUAUUAGACAUUAAACUCAGCUCACAGCAAUAUUAUGAGAAUGUUUUGUAUUUACUUGCUGCAGAUCAUCCAUUUCGAUAGAGCUGUCAUUGACACUGUUUACUGAUUUAAUUUAAUAAUUGGUGUUUUUCAGGUGGUGGGCAACUACUUAGUUUUAUUGUUUUAUUCUAUUCAUAAUAUAUAUAUUUUAGUUAUUGCACAGAUUUAGUUUACAGCGAUUCAAAUUCCAUAACGGGGUGCCUAAACAUUUUGUGUUUAAAACUCACAAGUUUUUCCAGACUCAGGCCCCGUCAACAUUUAUUUACAUCUGAUCUUUUGUUCUUAUCCACCCAAUAACAAAGGUUGUGGUCAAAUAAAUUGAGAUUUAAAAAGGUUUCAAAGGUUUAUUGGCAGAUGUUUUUAUUGUCAGACUGUCAGUCAGUGAAUUGAGAUUUUUUUUUUCUUUUCCUUACAAACAACAAACUGCUUUUAAUAUCUGACUAAUGAAGCCAAAGCAUGGAAGCUAUGGACUUCUCCAGGAAUAAUUAGACCAAUUUGACAUCUGAAUUGAAACAUUUACUAAAUUGUUUUAUUAAAUGUUCCUGCUUUUUUCUACAUUCCAAAGUCUUUAAAAUAAUAAAAUAAAACCAAAUCAUUUCCUGAGGAUCAGCCACUGUGGUUCUAAAGACUUAAUUUCAAAGGGAUGGAACAAAAUGAAAUUUUGACAUCGUUUUUUAUCGGAGGUGGAACCUGGAAAGUCUAAAUUUACAAAUGGUUUUACCAUACUUCUCCUGAUAAAUACUCUGUAGAUCUUCUGGGAUUUUUGUGUCUGUUCUGCCCUCUCAAGCUGAACCCAGUUCUGCUUGUUUUUACUACCUUGAGUAUUUUCCUUCCACUGUCACCGUGUGCUUGUAUUAUAACUGAGAACAGACUGGAAUGUAUGUAAUCUUAAUGGUUGAAUUAAUUUGAUCAUACACUUCUGGAUGGUGGUUUGUCCUGUGAAGUGCCUUGAGAUGACAUUUGUUAAUGAGUGAAACGAUGGUACAUAAAUAAAUUGAGUUCAAAGUAAAUCCCAUGUUUUAAAAGACUGUAAAGGAAUCCCGCUGAAGGAAAAGAAUGACUAAAAGUGAUUGAAUAUUGAGAUCUCAAUAAAUAUUCAUAAUUAAAAACA